AUGACUGACCACGGACUGCAACUCGCGACGGAAAAGACAGAACUGGUGCUUCUCACCAGAAGACGAAUACCGACCACACUACGCAUGACGGUCGGGACGGACGAGAUCAAGACCAGAGGUGAAGUCAAGAACCUGGGGGUGACCCUGGACACGAAGAUGACCUUCUGGCCUCACACACGACGAACGGCUCAGAAGGCGGCUGAAAGGAUAGCAUUCUUAAGCCGCCUGAUGGCAAACACAAACGGACCGAGACCGUGGAGAAGGAGACUUUUGAUGUCGACGGUGAACUCGAUCCUCCUCUACGGUGCUGAGACCUGGGCAGACUCCCUGAAGACUGAGUAG